GCGCCACCUGCCGCUGAGGCCACCAUGGGGUUCCGAGGUAUCUUCCUUCACCGUUGCCCGGGCACUGAGGAAGGGAGUGCGGCGAAAUUUACAGUGCUUUGCACGGAAGCUGAGCUGUGUCUGCUGGUGGAGAGGCACGAAGCGUCGGACAUCGAUCCUUCGGGGGUGGUGGACACGAAGGUGUUGGUCAAGAACUCGUCGACCACCGACCUGCUCUUCGUCGCACGCAUGGCAGAUGUGACGAUGGAGGUGGGGUCCAUGUUCUGGGUUGACGGCACGACCGUGUAUUGCUUCCGUUUCUCGUCAGACAACAGCUUCGCCGAGGUCCAGCGGGCCGUGCACGCGUUGCGGCGGACCGAACAGUUGGCACUCAUGCGAAGCGUGCUGUCGUUCCACCCACUAGGCAAUACCGCUAACGAUGGCAAGGACAAAGGAGCCAAGUGGAAGCACUACUCUGAAUGUGCCAACUUGGACUCGUCCCAGGGGGCAGAGGAGUUGCCCGUGGACAACAACCAUGUCGUGGCCAUACCAAAGCCGUCCAAGCCGCGCAAGCUAGUCGUCGACAAGGUCCUGCCUCCGUCGUCGUCGAAAAAGAAGGCCAAACCAAUGCCACCAGCUCACGCUCCAGCCAAAUUAGCCGAACUCGAUCAAGGCCCACCGCCUUUGAAACGCUCAAAAUCCACCAACGACACCACCGCCUUGGAUGACAAGCGCCGAAUUGCAGAGGUCAAGGCGUUCAAUCGGCAAUGGCUCAUCACGAUCGGAGCGAGAAAUCCAUCCAGCGGCCCCAGUUGUCACCUCUGCCAUAGACGCCAAGGCAAGAUGUUUCAGUGUCCAAAUGGUGUGCUGGACCACAUCUAUUGCGGCCGCUGUUUGCAUUACAAGUUCAACGAGAACCUGAAUGACUUUAUGGACCGAGGGCUGCAGUACAGCUGUCGGCUGUGCGCCGGCACCUGCGACUGCUCCGUGUGCAGUGGCCGUGCCACGUCAUUCGCCCGUCGACAUCCGUCGAUUCCAUCCAACGCGUGCCUCGUCUGCGGCACGACAUCGUCGCAAUUGACAUCGCACCCGCAUCUCCCUCCUGCCCAGCUAUGUGCGAUUUGUGUCGACUCUGUGGCCAAAAUGCCUGGGACUGGCUGCCUCGUCUGCGGCUCCAGUGACGAGAACGACCCCAUCCGUCCAUGUGCCCACUGUAACAAGGCGUGUUGUGUGGCGUGUGUAUUGAAGCUGGGCACCGGCGGGUGUCCAUUUUGUAUUGCCCCAACAAGCUCGGAGGCUUUGUCCUUGCCGACAAGCGUCGAGUUAGAAGUACCGUCGUGGCCACCCGUGGACCCCCAAGACAGCCUCACGUACUUUACAUCGUACGCACAAGCGGUGAUACAUCGGGAAACCCGCCGCACGCCGCCGAAACUGUCGGAAGACUCGUGCUUUUGCUGCAAAGACGGCGGCGACUUGAUCGAAUGUGACUUCAAAGCCAAGAUCAAGUGCCCCAAAGUCUACCACGUUGAUUGCCUCGGGUUUGAUGUGCCAGACGAUGUCACAUGGAUCUGCCCCCGCCACUAUUGCGCGUUCCCAAAAUGCACUCAAGUGUCCAAGUACUCGUGCCGCUUUUGUCCGGCUGCGCAUUGUGAGAAACACUUGCCGGCGUCGUCGGUGCUGCUGUUUCCGACCCCGCCCGACACCCAUCCGUCCACGUCAUACGUGUUGUGUGAGUCCUGCGACGUCCAGAUCGUGCAGGCGGUCCACCGCCGCCUCCUGCCGCCCAUGCUGCACGCCACGCCCGUGAAAACCCACGUGUAAUAACAGACGACAGUCGUGUUGAUUUUUUA